AUGGGGGUGACACCUGUAGUAGAGUGUGGGGUGGAUCUUAUUGCCAUUAAACAUAAAGCUGUCUAUGACGGGUAUACGCAUAUCCUUCAGGAUUUGUGCAAGGGGCUACUUGUGGGAUGGGAGGUCCUAGAGACUCGCAACUGCUGUGGUGCUGAAAUGGACAGCUCCCAGCAGAACUGGCCACAUAAUGACUCUGUUUGGACCAGCGCUGAUGUGGAUGAUCGCUACCCUGGUAACUUCACUUUCUCCUGGACAGUCUUCCUUGCAAUCCUCAUGGGGAUUCUUAUAGUGACCACUGUACUGGGCAAUGCUCUGGUCAUGUUGGCUUUCCUGGUAGACUCCAGCCUCAGGACACAGAAUAAUUACUUCCUACUCAACCUGGCUAUUUCGGAUUUUUUAGUAGGUGCCUUGUGCAUUCCUCUUUAUGUGCCAUAUGUGCUCACUGGAAGAUGGAGUUUUGGAAGGCAUAUGUGCAAACUCUGGCUCGUCCUCGACUACCUACUCUGCACCUCUUCAGUGUUUAACAUCGUUCUGAUAAGUUAUGACAGGUUCAUCUCGGUAACCAGAGCUGUGAGCUACAGGGCCCAGCAGAGUAAUAGCAAGCAUGCAGUUCUGAAGAUGUCAAUGGUUUGGCUCUUAGCCUUCCUCCUUUAUGGGCCAGCUAUUAUCACUUGGGAGUAUAUCGCAGGAAGGAGCAUAAUUCCAGAGGGUGAAUGCUUUGCUGAAUUCUUCUAUAACUGGUACUUCCUGAUAACUGCUUCCACUCUUGAAUUCUUCACUCCUUUUAUCAGUGUGACAUUCUUUAAUGUAAGCAUUUACAUGAACAUUCAGAGGCGAACAAAAAGCCGCCUUGACGUCUUACAGGAAACACAGAGCCAGACUACAAUGGAGGAUAUUAAGGUGGCUUCAGAACCACCCAGGACCAGCUCUUUAAAAUGUUGGAAGCAAAAGAUUCUGAAAAAUGGUCACCAUGGAACAUCCAAAGCCAAAGAUGCUGAGAUGCUGAGUAAAUCCAAGUCAACUAGGAGAAGUUUUAAUGAAUCCUGCAGCAACCCAUCUCUGGAGAAAAGGAUGAGGAUAGUUUCCCAAGGAAUCGCUCAACGGUUCCGUUUAUCUAGAGACAAAAAAAUUGCCAAAUCCUUGGCAGUGAUUGUUUGCAUAUUUGGGCUAUGCUGGGCUCCAUAUACUCUACUGAUGAUCAUAAGGGCAGCAUGCAGGGGCCACUGUGUGCCUGAAGUUUGGUAUGAGGUAUCCUUCUGGUUGCUGUGGAUAAACUCUGCUGUGAACCCUAUCCUGUAUCCUUUGUGUCACUACAGUUUCAAGAGAGCAUUUAAGAAAAUCCUGUGCCCACAAAAGCUCAAAAUAAAACCACACAGCAAACUCCAGCACUGUUGGAAGUGA